AUGACUUUUGAACGUUUCACUAUACAGCCGGGAUACAUAGAAGUUAUCCAGAAGCCUAAAGACCAGCAGAAAGCAUUGGAAACAAUGACGAAGGAAAGUGCUAAAGUAACUGCCGGCCAGGUGGCCGUUUUUGGUCAACCCAGACUGAAAUACAAAGCGAUCUUCAACGGGCGCACGGCAACGGACAAACAUCAUUGCUGGUUUACAGGAGCAGUCAUUUUGAAAAACGGAAGUAUGCUCCUAGCUGAUCGAAAUAAUAACAAACUAAAACUUUUCUCUGGCGAACUUUCUCUUCUAUUAGAGGUGGAUGUUGGUGGCGCCCCGUUUGACGUUGCCCUGAUGGACACAGGUGAAAUGGCAGUCACCGUAACCAAAGAGAGGCGAGUACGUUUCGUUGAGCCGUAUACUCUAUCCUGGUCCUCGCAUUCCAUAGAUACCGAUCAGUAUUGUGUUGGUAUCGACUACCAAGACAGCCGACUCUUCGUCCUGUGUGAGUCGUCGUUCAAAUCGGUGAGAUGUAUCAAAGUGUACGACCACAUGAAGAUUUUUCUGAAGAAAAUACGUAUUUCUGACAGUAUGACCGAGCCAAUUCGGGGUUACCUGAAGGUCGCUCCCUCGUCAGGGCUCUUGUACUUUGUCAGGAAUGAGUUCAUUGGCGGCAAUUUCGUCUGCUGCUCGGACGAAAGCGGCAAGAUUCUUCACUCAACUAAACUACAGUUCCGGGAUGAAUCACCCGCUUUGGCGAUUCUCUCAGAUCUACUGAUUGCGGGUCUGGCGUCCGGGCUCGUCUCGGUCUACAGCACGGAUAAGACAGAGCGUUUUGUACUACAGAGUAUUGACAAAACCGUGCCGCCGUGUGCUAUCAGCGUGGAUCAAGGUCAACAACUUGCCAUUGUAACUCAAGCCAGUCGCUACAUCAACAGUUACAAAAAUAACUUUGUUCAACUUCUAAGCAUACCACAUACUCAUAAGUCGUGGUAG